AUGAAGACUGCAACUCUUCUUGUGGUAAGAUUACUGUAAAAUACGUAAUUAUAUUUUUGCAAAUUCAGCUUUUGAACGUGGGAUUGGUCAGCUCUUUGUCCAUUCUUCUUCCAACAAACGAGACCGACGUGAAAUGUCAUAAACACGCCGAAUUCAAUAAAUGUGGAUCGUCUUGUCCACUGACUUGCGAAGAUGUGGUCAAGGGAAACCCUCCGAAACUAUGUCCAACACUCUGUAAACCUGACUGUCAAUGCAAGAAAGGAUAUGCUAUCGGGAAGAAUGGGCGCUGUGUGAAGGAAAGCCAUUGUAAAAGUAAGCAUGCCAUGCCUUACAAGGCAUGCUUUCACAUCAUUUAUAAGUUUAAAAGUUGGAAUUUAGAACGAGGCCUCAAAAACCUGAAUCUCUUGACCGAUCCCAGAGAUGCGAAUGAAAAGAAAGUCAAGUGUCCAAAGCAUUCCGAGUUUAGAAACUGCAGCGACCUCUGCCCACCAACUUGUGAAGACAAGGUUUGCAAAAUGGUUACGCAAAUCUUUACUCCUUUUUACCAUUGAUUUAUACGUCUAACCAUUUCAGAAAAUCUGCCACUCUCUCCGUUGUGGUCUUCCGAAAUGCCAAUGCAAGUUCGGAUAUGGCCUGGGCGGAGCGGAAUACAAAGAAUGCGUCAAAUGUAACAAAACCGAGGACAAAAAGACGAAACAGUAA